UCCCUCUGUGAGUGGCUACUUCCGCCAGGAGUCCUUAGCGUCUUGGACUUGGAAAGUGGCCCUGGGCGGCCUUCUCCUUCUUUCAGCCUGGCUACCCGAAGCCAGAUCUCAAGGUGGAGGCGGCAGCGGCUGGGCCUGUCGCAGAGCGUUCUUUUUGCCCAAGUCCUGGGCCUGAGGUUACUUAGAGGUGCGGGAGAGGCGCCCAGCCUGGCCCAGCCCGGGCCUUCCCCGGGCCAGUGAUAGUGGCCAGAGGCCUCGCCGCGCCCACCCCAGCCUGGGGCGGGGCGCGGCCUCCGAUCCCGGGUCCCGCCCCUACUGCCUGCUGGGCGCGGGAUCGGUGCCUUCAGCCCAGGAGCGGCGGAACCGUUUUGCACCUCUGGGACUCCGCAGUCCCCUGGCUCCGGCCGCUGGAGAACAUGGAAUUUGCUGAGCUGAUCAAGACCCCUCGGGUGGAUAAUGUGGUGCUGCACCGACCUUUCUAUCCGGCCGUCGAGGGGACCUUGUGUCUGACUGGCCACCACCUGAUCCUCUCCUCCCGGCAGGACAACACAGAGGAGCUGUGGCUUCUCCAUUCAAACAUUGACGCCAUCGACAAGAGAUUUGUGGGACCACUGGGUACCAUCAUCAUAAAAUGUAAGGAUUUUCGAAUUAUUCAGUUGGAUAUUCCUGGAAUGGAAGAAUGUUUGAAUAUAGCCAGUUCCAUUGAGGCGUUAUCUACCCUGGACUCCAUCACUCUGAUGUAUCCUUUCUUUUACCGGCCCAUGUUUGAAGUGAUAGAAGAUGGCUGGCAUUCUUUCCUCCCUGAGCAAGAGUUUGAACUCUACUCUUCAGAGAUCAGCGAAUGGAGGCUAAGCUAUGUCAAUAAGGAGUUUGCUGUGUGCCCCUCUUACCCGCCAGCUGUCAUAGUGCCCAAAGCCAUCGACGAUGAUGCACUGCGGAAGGUAGCCACGUUUCGCCAUGGAGGCCGCUUCCCAGUUCUCAGCUAUUAUCAUAAAAAGAACGGAAUGGUUAUUAUGCGAAGUGGUCAGCCACUCACGGGCACAAACGGGAGACGGUGCAAAGAAGACGAGAAACUGAUAAAUGCCACCCUCAGGGCAGGAAAGCGUGGCUACAUCAUUGACACUCGGCCUCUAAAUGUAGCUCAGCAGGCCAGAGCCAAGGGAGGCGGCUUUGAGCAAGAAGCUCAUUAUCCCCAGUGGAGGCGCAUUCACAAGUCCAUUGAGAGGUAUCACAUUCUUCAGGAGAGCUUAAUCAAACUCGUGGAAUCUUGUAAUGACCAAACACAAAACAUGGACCGAUGGCUCAGUAAAUUGGAGGCCUCCAACUGGCUGAGUCACAUCAAAGAGAUUCUGACAACUGCCUGCCUGGCUGCGCAGUGUCUUGACAGGGAAGGAGCAUCCAUACUGAUCCAUGGAACAGAAGGAACUGAUUCCACACUCCAGGUUACCUCCCUGGCCCAGAUCAUCUUGGAACCAAGAAGCAGGACCAUCCGUGGCUUUGAGGCCUUAAUAGAAAGAGAGUGGCUGCAGGCUGGUCACCCAUUCCAGCAGCGCUGCGCACAGUCAGCCUACUGCAACAGCAAGCAGAAGUGGGAGUCACCCGUGUUUCUUCUCUUCUUGGACUGUGUGUGGCAGAUACUCCGUCAGUUCCCUUGUUCUUUUGAAUUUAAUGAGAAUUUCCUCAUCAUGCUCUUUGAGCAUGCUUACGCCUCACAGUUUGGAACCUUCCUGGGCAACAAUGAAAGUGAAAGAUGUAAGUUGAAGCUGCAGCAGAAAACGAUGUCUCUGUGGUCCUGGGUCAACCGGCCCAGUGAACUGAGUAAGCUCACCAACCCUCUCUUUGAAGCCAACAACCUUGUCAUCUGGCCGUCUGUUGCUCCACAGAGUCUUCAGCUGUGGGAGGGUAUUUUUUUACGCUGGAACAGAUCCUCCAAGUAUUUGGAUGAAGCAUAUGAAGAAAUGGUUAACAUCAUAGAAUACAACAAGGAAUUGCAAGCGAAAGUAAAUCUCCUUAGGAGGCAGUUGGCAGAACUGGAGACUGAGGAUGGGGUGCAGGAGAGCCCCUGAAUCCUACCCACGGCAGCCCUCGCAGGACCGUGCAGACUGGUAGCCCACCUCUGUCUCCUCUGCCCUCAGUUCACCAUCACAUAUUUAGCCUUGAACGUAAGGCUUUAGAAGUGAGAACCUUCUAAUGUAAUGGGCUCCUCAAUACCUUAUGAAUGAAACUUACUAUAAUUACUCAUGUUCCAUGUGGCCUGGUGGGGCUCUUCACUUUGGGAGCAGGAAGGAGGUGCUAGUCAUUUUAUGUGAAACAGGUGACCUAUUUAAUGCCAUUUGUGUUAUACACCAUUUCAUUGUAAGCUUUUCUCUGCCUCUACAGUGCCCCAGACCAGUCAAGGAUAUGACUAAUCUCUUUAGAGAAUAUUUGUUAGUUUAAAAAAGGACCAGACUUUUUAAGCACUCCAAAUAUAGAAAUAUUUUUCAAACCUGAAAUUGCUGGUAAACCGAGACUUUUGUGUUUAACAUGCUAUUUCCAAUAUCUUUGCCGCAUAAAAUCACCCUUCUUCUUUUAAAACAGUUUUGGACUGACAAGAGCUGCAUUCAUGUCCUCAUUCUGGUUUGUCAAGAAAGCAAAAGCUGAAUAUUUAUUCAAGGUAAAUUAUUUUUACAAGGGCAACAGCUAAAGUUCUCUGGUAUUUACAUUAAGAAGUAGUAAAUUUAUUUUAACCGUAGACACUAAAAGUACGUGCAAUUUAGAAAUAAAGGAGAAAUUUGUUACUGAUAAGGUGUCAGUAGUGUCGAAUUGGUUCUUCAGGGUUUUGGUCUACCUUUUAAGUGUGUCAAAUGCUGGAUGUAACAUUAAACCAUCAUUUAGAAUAGAUGUUAAUUUGUUAUAAUUAAGCUACAAAUAUGGUUACCUUAAACCAGAGAUGCACUGCCCUUGUCUGAAGUUCUUACUGCACUGGUUUAUGUACAGAAGUGUGUGCUUGAUUGUGUUGUUUGUAAAUAUUCUAAGUUUACUAAUACUAAGGUUAAGAUUUUCUUACUCCCUUGAGCCUCUUGAAAAUUUAUCUUGACUCUGCUGCUUCGUCCAUUAGGCAAAUAUAAUUUAAGUGGAAGUUUAUGAACAUGAUGCAGGUAUGUUUUAAACUUCAGAAGCCACUUUGAAAUGUUUUUAGUGUUAUAGAAACAGUGAUGACUUUAUGCUAUAGGCUGGUUUUUGCCUGCGACUCUACCAGUUCGUGAUUAGGUGCUUUCCAUGUACAUUUCUACUUUGUGGCACUGCUCAUUUUAACAAAUACUUUCAAUUUUAGUUUUCCCUUAAAAGGACAGUUGAAGGGCAAUCUUUAAUAUCAUUUCAAUCCCAUCUAUAUAUAACCAUUUCAUUGUAAAACACGCCAAAACUGAACCCAGCUUCAGAGUUAUGUAUCAAGUUAAAAUUUUAGUUCUUCAAAAUCAACUCUUAACAAAAUCUAUGGCCACAUUCAGAAGCUGCAGAAAGCGGCGAACACUUGCUUAUCUCCAAAAGAGUUGCCAAGACGUCUUUUCCCCCGUUUCCUCAGACUGGGAGCAAAAGGCUAGACAACUAAUCUACAGUCAGAGCUUUCCUUUUGGUAAAUUUGUCUUUCUCCUCUAAGCUCAGUUUUACUCCUGGCCUGUUUUCUUGAUUAUAGUUAAGAAUCUUGGGGCAUUCAAGUCCUCACCUAAAGAAAGGCUAAUGAGGGAAGGAGCAAAGAUGUACUUUCUUGCUAUAGGUGUUUGUGUGCUGUGUGAAAUGUCUCUGUUAAUUUUUUAAAAAAAGAAACACUCUAGCUUUUUUAAUGGAUCCUCAAAAUUGAAGGAGCCUUUUUCUUCUCAGUUAACUGACCCAUAAGGAAAACUAGAGAAUUUUUAGUGAUUUUUUUUUUUUAAAGAACCAACUCGCAGUAGUAAUGUUGGUUGGCCAUUGGCCAUAAGGUUUCUGUGGGUGGAAACAUUAGAGGGCUUUUUCUUUAGGCUUGGUCAUGGAGAACCUGUAUGCCAUCAGCUUAGACCUGUCUUCCUGAUGAACAUUUCACAUGUGAGCCAGAGUAUGAUGAUAACAUGGUGUUUCCAUUUCUUUUUCUUUCUCUUACUGAGACAGCAAUCAUAAGCAGUUUGGACAAGUUUGUGUUUUAGUGUUAAUUUAUAAUUAGGGAUUGUCCAAACUAUAGUUCUGUUUACAGGGCGUAAAAACAAACUUUUGUAUCAAUGCACUUUCAAAGGGGUCAUCUAAUAAUGUAAAUACUAAGGUUUUCCCAAACUUGAGAAUUCUAACAAAGACAAGUGUUUUAUCAAUAUAAUUUUGAAGAGGGUUUUUAGUAAUACUAUUAAAUUACUCAUCCCUUGGGUGAAAAGAAUAAUUACAGUGGAUGUAUUAAUAAGAUACUUACUGAAGGUUAAGUUUGGAGAACUGUCUUUGAUAAAGGCGGCUUUAAAAACUUUCAUAAUGAAGAGAAUAGUGGCUCAAUUAGUGAGGAUGCAGAUUGCCCCAUACAACCUUUAAGUUAGGUAUAAUCAUGUUCAUGUACAUUGUGCAUCUUCUGUAUUUAUUCAUUGUGAAGGCUGGUUUCCAUUUUUGGAGUGGAAAAAAAAGUAAGUCCCCCACAAAGAAUAUUUUAAUACAAAGGACUGCUGCAGUACAGGGAUCUUUAGAUUUAAAUUAAUAAUUUUUUUUUAAUCAGAAGAAACAAUUUGGUUAUAUCAAAAUGCUGAAACUUUUUGGGUGGUUUAAGACUUGUCAGUAAUUGUUUCAAAUUUUUUGUUUUGAUUUUUAUUAAAUGGGAAGAAAAUAAGCAGAAAUUAUAAAACCUGAUAGAAAUAAAAUAAUUUUAUAGCUUGUUUUAAACCUAAGAAAAAUUAGGCCUUUGAAGCAAGAUUUUAAAGUGAUUUUGGGGAAAACUUUGGAAGACAAUAAUCAUUUAAGAUACAUACUUACUUUUGUAUGUAUCUUAUUUUAAAACUUUUCUUUGAACUCCGCAGCAUGAUUUUGUAGAGGUGAGAGAUAAGUCACUGCUUUUCAUUUUAAAGGAUAAAAUUAAGUGAGAUUUUAGUCUUUGAUUCAGUCUUUCUUAAGUUAAAAAAAAUCAGUAUCAUGGAAAAGAUCUGACCAGUAAUUGUCACUUGAAGCGGAAAAUCAAGAGGAACCUUGUGCUACAUUACAAAGAAAACCGCUUAAAGAUGUGACUCUUGUAGUUACCUGGUUUCAAGGGUAGCUGCUUUAAGGGUCAGUCCUAGCUAGGGCAUCAGGUUCACUUACUGUCGGACCUUCACUUGAGACACAGUUUUAGUGUCUACCCAUAUCCAGAUUUUAUGAAUUAAAAUGAUACAAGUCUAUUACGAGCACCCUUAAUCAGAGAGGUAUUUCCUGGACCAAAAAAAUGGGCAAUAUUUGGAAUAGUUAAUCCUCUGUUCUGGAAGCUUUGAAAUUUUCCAGAGAAUGAAGUCAUUCAGUCCAUCCGAUCCAGGUUAUCCUAUACCUCAGGACAACAUAGAUGAAUCAUUUCUUAUCCUUAAACAUGACACAGACUCCACCCACCCACCCCCACCCCCAGAGCAUGUACACUAAGUUAUUAUAAGUAGUAUUUUUGUGUAAUUCACCAUCUCAACAAAAAACUGUAAAAAGACUGGUUGCUACACUCAUAUUUAGUCUCAGGUAAUAGGGAAUGGUUAUUUUCUAAUUUUUGGUUUCUUAAAUAAAAACUACUUCUUUUUUCACUCAGUCCUUAUAGUCUACUGUCCACAGCAUUUUCUUCCUUUCAACUAGAAGCCCAAAAGAGACCUUCUGAAACUCUAUGCUAGGUUUUAGAAAGUCUGAACUUGUUAUCUAAAUCCCCUCAAAAAAACAAAACAAAAACUAAUGUCCUAUAACUGAGCCACAGUGCAGAACUGUCAUUGGUGUUUAAUUAAUGAAAGAUAACAGGACUCAGUGUGGACACUACAUUGUCCUGGAAAAUGGUUCCCGGUGAGAGCUCACCGUCUUCUAGAGCAGUUCUCUUUAACCGUCUGUGAGUAUACAUAUUAUAUGUGUGAUUUCUGAUACAAAGUUGUGUAACACUGCCUGCCUGUCAGCCCAAGACAUUUGCUUCAGUUUUCCAAAUGCACAUAUUUUUAGAGAGGUGGAUUAUUCUAAACAAAUACUCCUCGCAUUCUCUUGUUUAGAAUCCUUAUAGAUAUAUUACCAUCUACACUGAAAAUCUUGUACUUGCACAAGUUAUUUAAAAAAAGAAUAACAGUAUGUAUUUCUUCAGUAACCAGGUACUUGAAGUUUACUCUUGAUAUAUUUGAAUGUGACUGUUGGAUUUAAGUGCACUAUUACUCAUGUCUUACACAAUAAAAAUUGCACUGUAUGGAAAAUGUA